CAGCACAACUUCAACCUUGUAUCAAUAUAUUGACCUGAAGAUUGAGAACAGCAUUCGAGUUUCCUAAAAUGCCAUUAUGACAGUCAUUCCACAAAAUAUGUCAUUAGGGUUUAAACAUGCGAUAUCAAACUCGAAACUCAACUCUCUUUGCUUAACCUUCUUGAUAUGAGCUACCCUGGAUAAACUCAAUGGCAACAUCACACUAUGGAAUCCUCUCAACCCAUCAUCGUCUCGCCAAAAACUCCUUCCGAGCUUCUAUCGUAUAUCAUAUCGUACCAUAGAUAUCCUUCAACAAUAAUAAUCGGCUCAUCAAAAGAAGAGUUUCAGAGCUCACUCAUCGAGGACAUAACACACCAUCUCACUCUUCAAGAAGAACAACUACAACUGGAAGACUCAGGAAACUCAGAAACACAACCUUCUCAUCAGCUCCUAAAAGCACCCCUGUAUCAAAUAGCCAUAUCCCGCCACAUUAGAUUUCUAUUUGCGCCAACUGUCACACAUCUACGCGCCUUUCUCUCUGUCUUUACACCAAAGGACUCACUCAUACCAGCACCACCAAACUAUACGUCCACUUCUCGACCACCACUGCUUCUGGUCUACGGUCUUCUGGCUCUUCACAGGGACGCAAGUGAAUGGUCUGCGCAAGGCAUCGGUAACUCAGCUGCUCUCCUAGUCGAUGCUGCCUCACGAAACGAGUUUAGAACUGCCAUCAUUGAGCCAAAAGGGAUAGGAGGACACGAUACCCUGGAUCACCUUGGAGGAGAGAUGAUGCCUCUGUUGAAUGGCACACCAAGAAGAGACGAUGGGUCAUGGAGUGGACGGACAGUCAGUCUCAAGCAAGUCUUGAGUCGAUGGUUCGAAUUCGAUACUCGUGAACAAGAAGGUUGAAUUGGUUGGUGCUCUCCCAUUAGAAACUGUGACGAGUUUCCCUAUUACUAAGUGCACAAUACACUCGGACAAUGUGUGAAAUAGUCAAUGAAUAUCAAGUCUUGAUUACCA